GCGCUGUAUAGAUUUCAUCCGUGUCUACUUGAACCUGGAGAGACCAGAAGUGAACGAGCACAGCCAACAUGACAUGGAGUUUUGCGGUGAUUACAGUACUAUACAGAACACAAUCUACAGCUCGGGACGUAGCCUUAUCUUGGAGUUUCAUUCAGAGUACCGCCAUGGAAGGGCGGGCAAUUACUCUGGAUUUAAAGGAGUCUUUCAUUUUUUGGAUAAGC